AUGUCUGCACCGGUACUGACGAUAGCCUUUGAGCCUGAAGGUUGGCCAUAUCAAUCUGUGUCCUCCUCUCGUCGAUCUAGUAGCGCGUGUGCGAUAAGUCACCACGCUUCGGCAUCACAACCGAACCAAAUUCCGGAGCAGCCUGAACACGAACGGUGGCUGUACCUCAAGGUUCAAGCGUUAAACUACCGCCUCUUAGCUCGGACCGACCUGGAUGGCAUCCACGAAGCCCUGCGGAUCGCAACACUGCUAUGGAUCCUGAGCAUCACCGAAUACGUCGGGGCCGAACUCACUGUUCGCUGCCCAAACUCCAAGAGGCCUUGGAAACGGCCAAGCCCGAAGCAUCCUCUUUCCUGGAAUUCCCCGGCCUGCAUUUCUGGAUGA